AUGGUGAAGUCUAAGCAUGCAGAUAAGCUGUGUUUUACCCACGCCCAAGUCAGACACAAAACAGCUUCAGAGAGCUACAACACUGGAUCUCCGAGUAACUCACUUCAGAAAAUCUUCACGAUGUUCCUUGCUAAAGCUUUGCUGAGUGGAGGAAGUGGAGGAAGUGGUAGCAGUCGUGGAGGAAACCUUGUACGUGGCCUUGGAGGGCUCCUGACAGGAGGUGGAGGUGCAGGGAAUAUUGGAGGACUUGUUGGAAGUCUCGUCAACCUUAUAAGUGAAGCAGCAGCUCAGUAUAAUCCAGAGCCACCUCCACCUCCUCGCAGUCAUUUUACAAAUGUGGAAGCUCAGGAGAGUGAUGAGAUCAGACAAUUUCGUCGCCUGUUUGCCCAGCUGGCUGGAGAUGAUAUGGAAGUGUGUGCCACCGAGCUAAGGGACAUCCUGAACAAAGUCCUCUCCAGACACCAAGACCUGAGGGCGGAUGGCUUCAGCCUGGACACCUGCCGCAGCAUGGUCGCCGUCAUGGACAGCGACGCGAGCGGGAAGCUGGGCUUUGAGGAGUUCAAGUACCUGUGGAACAACGUCAAGAAGUGGCAAGGUGUGUACAAGCAGUAUGACACUGAUCAGUCAGGCACUGUUGGGAGAGCCCAGCUGCCCAGCGCCUUGAGGGCUGCGGGGUUCCAGCUGAACGAGCAGCUGUGCCAGGUGAUCGUGCGCAGGUACGGCGCCGAGGACGGCAGCAUGGACUUCAACAGCUUCAUCAGCUGCCUGGUGCGCCUGGACAGCAUGUUCAGGGCCUUCAAGUCCCUGGACCAGGAUGGAAGUGGCCACAUCAGAGUGACCAUUGAAGACUGGCUGCAGAUGACCAUGUAUUCCUGA